GAUGGGAUCAGAAUGCAAGUCAGAAUUUUUAAAAGCGUUUAGUUUAAUGUUCAUAAAUUCAUAAAAAAUAUGGUUUGGACUUUUUUGAUUACGAUUUUUUUAUGUUUAUGUUGCUGCAUAUGUUGCUUAGUAUUUUGUGUAUCAGAUGAAGAACCACAAACUGGCGCAAAUACUCAGGAGAAUGCUCAUAAUGAUCAAACAAUAGUAGAAUUAAAUUUACAUCCAAUGCCUUAUAGACCAAGAGUGACUGAAGAAGAUAACAUAAUUGUGAUCCAAGAAUCAGUGACAAUUGCUGAACCAAUCCAGAACACAACUUCAUUCAAUAAUUUUGAUGAUUUGCUUCCAUCUUACGAAGAAUAUAUGAAAUUGCAAAAGCAGUGAUGUCUUCAUCAUGUCGUAAAUUAAAUUUUCCUGAACAUAUUCAGCAGCAUAAAAAACAUCAUCAAAAUUCUAUUAGCCAUUGAAUUUAAAUUAUUUUUAUAAAUCAAUUCACAAACAAAAUACUCAAAAUAAGUCCAGCAACUAAUCUUUAUCACUCAGAAACAGUUUCGGGAGCAGCCAAAGUAAAUUUCUUGCUUUUUAAAUUAGGUAAUUUUCAAGGUUUUUAGAUAAAAGUGUCAAGUUAGAAGUUUUAACCAAAAUGAAAAAUGUAAAACUUCAUAGAGAUGAUUCAUUAAUUAGUGUACCUAGGUUAAUUAAUUGUAUAAAACAAUUUACAGUACAA